AUGGUCUUUUCUUCAUCUCCCACCAAUGCAAGCCAUUUAUGCCUUAGUGACCAGAGCCAGUUCUUGUUGCAAUUCAAGAAAAGCAUUGAUAUAGACAACACAGCUUCUUCAGGCUAUGAUUCCAAUGGUGUGCCUUCUUAUCGGGGGCGAAUUCUUGGAACAGAAGCACAGAUUGCUGUAGGUGGGAUGGAGCCAGCUGACAUUUUCGAACUACCAAACUUGGUAAGAGUUGAAUUGACUAACAACCAUGACCUUUAUGGUUACUUGUCAGAUGUGAAAUGGAACACCACCACCAGUACGCUGAGUUAUCUAGCUCUUUCUGAAAGCGACCUUGAAUCCAAUCAACUUACUGGCCAACUCUAUGAUUUCCAGUAUAAAUCAAUACAGAGAAUUUAUCUGAGUGGAAAUAAGCUGGAUGGUCGUGUUCCAAAAUCAGUUUCAAAACUUGUAAAUCUAGCACUGCUUGAUCUGUCAUCAAACAAUUUCGGCGGUGUUGUGCAGGCUAGCAUGUUUUCAAACUGCAACCAGCUUCAAACUUUUGAUCUUUCUAACAAUAACAUUUUGCUGAUCACUGAUGGUGUUAAUUCUACCUUGCCUCAAUCUGUUGCAUUUCUGUUUUUGUCCUCUCGUGGAAUCAAAGAUUUGGAUUUCUUAGUGCCUGCAAAUAACCUAUAUAAGCUAGAUCUUUCAGAGAAAUUGCUCCAUGGUGAUAUAUUUUCAGAUAAAAAAUGGUAUAACUGGAGUCAGCGUUUGUUCUGCUUGAAUCUCUCCUACAACUCUCUAAUUGAUCUGAGCCAACUUCCAUUCCCAAAUCUGGUUUAUCUAGAUCUUAGCUCAUGCUUGUUGCAAGGGCCUGUGGUUAUUUCACCUGCCAGCAUACAGGUCUUCAUGAUUCCAGAUAACAAUCUUACUGGAGAAAUCCCAUCAUCAAUAUGCAAAUUAAGCUCACUCGCUAUUCUUGAUUUGUUGAACAACAACUUGAUUGGCGGAAUUCCUCUAUGUUUGGGGAACAUGAGCAUGGACCUUUCAGUGUUAGAUACGCACAAAAACCACUUUGGGAACAUUCCAGCAACUUUUCCAGUAGGAAACAAACUGAGUGCUCUGAAUUUGCGUGACAAUCAAUUAGAAGGAGCACUGCCAAAUUCUCUUUCGAAUUGUAGAGAAUUGAAAGUUCUUGAUCUUGGAAACAACAACUUUAGAUGGUUGGGAACUCUUCCAAAGUUGCAGACCUGUGAUGGAACAAACUCGAUGGGGAUAUUCCCCAGCAACUUGCUUCCUUGUCUUUUCUUUCUGUUUUCAAUGUCUCUCAGAGCCAUCUUGUUGGUAGCAUACCUCGAGGAAAGCAGUGGUACAUUUGAUAACAGUUGUUACACAGGAAACAGCGGAUUAUGUGGAUUUCCUUUGUCAGAAAGUUGUGGAACUAAUGAGUCGUCACAGCCAGUACCGCAACUGGAAGUCUGGAACUGGAUCAAGAAGAUAAUGAGGAAUUUUUCAGUGGAUUUACUUGGAAAGCUGUUUUAA